UAGAUAUGACGCAGUGAUAACUUUGUGGAAAUUUCGGGAGUGUCUAUAGAUCAAAUCCACUUUAACUAAUUAAAUGAUUUUGUAAAUAAUUAUAUAAUAUUAUCUGUUUGCACGCGUCGUGAUAACUAUAGGAUCGAUACAAAGAAAAUUGUUUAGAUAAGAAGCAUCCAUAGACAUCUACGUGCGAAACAGUUCGAUAGUUUGUGGCACGUAUAUACAUAUAUACACGUACAUAUACACAGCAAGUAUACGUGUACAACGGUGUGCUACUGUGUUUUUACGUAUAUAGAGUGCAUCGAAUGCAUGAGAGCUGCAUUGCAAACUACGAUAUUGAAAUGAAAUAUUAAUAACAGAAAGGAGAAACAUACGGUCGUGGCCUGUUGCUACUUGUGCGAAAGAUGAAUAAAAUGUUCCGGAAGGAACGUUCUGUUUGCAGAAGCAACAACAAGUCAAAGGAAUCAUAUUUAUUUCAACAAUAGAAUCAAACGAACGACGAAAGCAUGUGCUUCGAACUUUAAACGGAUUUUCCAUCACGAGUGAUCGACACGAUUCUAUACCAGAAAGAUUGACACAUUAGGAAGGAGAGAAAUGCACAAAAGUUGAACAAGAGACAAAAUUCUCAUCAGACCACUUUUUACGAUUGAUACUACAUUCGUAAAGAUGCACAGUUAUUUAUUAGUUUGCAGACUCGACAACAAUGUGAUUUCCAUUUGAUUUCGUUUAGAUUUUACAAUUAUACGAGCAUGUGAACAAGUAUGCUCACUCAAAGCCGAUACAAAAUCGUGGGUCUUGGUGCGUUUGAUGUAGUAAUAAAGAAAUGUCAUUGAUGCAUCAACGAUUAGUGUUAUACCCGAUGCAUAUUACGUUUACUACGGUUCUAAACGUAAUAGUAUAGAAAACGAGCCAAGCAUUGAGUCUCUGAGACAUCAAUAAUGUAAUCAUUGACAGAUGUCUGUGUAACAGAUUUUGAAAAUAAUUACGAUUCCUUUAAUUGUAAUCGCGAUGAACGAGGCGAAUCAAGUUAUCGGCCACACGUCCGGAACGAUGUCUGAUGAUAGCAAUAAAAAUGAAACCAGCACGAUGGCAUACAACAUGUCCAACGAGACGUCUGAGGUGUAUGUAUAUUCCACAGAAGAAAAUGGGAAUGCUCAACAGCUAUGGAACGCUUCAAAGGCCACGGUGCCUGAUAGUACAGUAGUUUCCCCCGAUACUUUGACCACCGCCAACGUGUACGUGUCUACGACGACAGAAAUGUUUGAUGAGUUUGGCCCACCGGAUGGAAUAGAAUAUAUUUUUGUACCACUCGGUGUAGUGGUCUUUGUUAUUGUGUUAUCAGCUGUGGUAUGGGUAAUCAUUAUCUCGAGAAAGAGGAAACUGGAACGUUUAAGACACAGGCUUAUGCCAAUGUAUAACUUUGAUCCCGGUGAAGAAGAGGAAGACGACUGGGAAACUGAAUUGUUGGAGGAAUGUUACAACAAUCAUCAAAGACGUCAAGGAUAUCAGUCUAUGGACACUGAAGAGAACGCCGAACUGUUUGGAAAUCAUUGACAAUGAAUCAACGAUAGUAUCAUUUAAAAACUUGCUAUUACUUGCAAUCAUCACAGAUUAAAAAUUCCAACAUUUAUUAGUACAUAAAUAAAUAUCGUUCGAGGCUACGAAUGGUGUUUGUAUACACAAGUUUCGAUUCAGAGGAUUCAAAGUUUUAUAUUCCAGAGUACAAGUAUCUAAAUAUUAGAAUUUCACUCGUCACGAGAUUACGUACUGAUUCGUAAGGAAAAAAGAAAGAGUUCAUUUACUCGUCCGACUAUAAUACCUCUCCAUCAAAUGGAUUUACGAUGAAACGUAAUAAUUUGGUACCAGACGAGUAACCAGAGACCAAAACGACUGAGACGUUUCAUUUCUGUUCAUUCACGUUCACUGUAUACUGUUUACAACAGUUGUGUCAUAAAUGUACAAUUUUUGCUAUGCGCUUCAAUUUCGAUUAUACAUAUUUUUUCAUAUCCGUUCCUUCGUCAAAUGUCUCGCAUCUGUGAAAUCGAAACGUACGCGUUCGGCCGAAUAUUUAAUUUUUGAUGACGUCGAGUAUCAAGCAUUUUUUUCUCUACUUGUGUUUAGCGAUAAAAGAUUCUAGUUCCAUAGACGGCGAAUUCGGUGUUUAACAGUACGUAACGAGUAUACUUCCUAGCACUAAAAGAUUACUUUUCUGCCGAGUAGUCGCACGCAGAUUGUAUCUACGUAAUAUUUAUUGUUGAAUUCUUUUUCCGAUUGUUUACGUAGUAUUGACUUGACAACUUUUAGGAAUGCGAUACAUUAAGGUGUAUUUUAGCAUUGUAGCUUGGUAAGAACAGGAGAGUUUAUGUUAAUUCAAAGUGUAUUAUCGACGAGAGAAUCAUGUAUAAUAUAACGAAUUAGUAAGAGAA